CUAUGGAGUGAGUGAAGCAAACAUCAUUCCCUCUCUGUCCACUCAACCCAACCUCCACGUAGCAGCAGCCGAUUUGACUGUUGACAGCCACAGUCACAAGGCACCUGACUUUGGUGAUAUCGUCUGAUAUCGAGACUGGGGUAUACAUACUUCUUGCCAGUGUCAUCAUUCCACCAUCACUCGGAUGAUGGCGUUCACGCUUGCCUUGGACACGUUCGGGUCCCUGCAUGAUGCAUAUCGCAAUAGCCUCGACGAUACAUUCCAUACGCAAGUGAUACCAGAGUUUGCUCAAAUCGAUGUUUCCAUUCAAUACAACUCAAUAGUGGUGCUCUGUAUCGCAAAUCGUAUUCAUGACAAUUUCUAUCUGCUUUGUGGGGUGGGAUACACGAGUCCAGACGCCACCAAAACUCUUUCCAACACACAGGAACCUCAAGCUGAACUAGAGAAUCCCUCAAGGGAUGGACGGGUAUUUCCUCUAGUGUUUAGUUUCAUAUCCUGGCUUUCAAGCUAAGCAUUCAUCUUGAUAACAUAAGGGUAGGCUGAAAGGGCAUUUUCAAGGUCUCGUGGAUGGUCUUGAUGUGAGCUUCACCACUCUAUCAUUUAACUACAAGACAACAUAAAAGUACCUAAGCAUUCAU